GUAGUUACUAAGAGCGAGGAGCCAGUCUGCAAGCUGAAAGAACUCCAAAGCAAGCCGUUUUUAAAAAACGAUACUGCCACCUUUUGGCCUUUGAACUGGAGAAGCAAACUGUGCACCUGCGAGGACUGCUCGAAAAUGUAUUCAGAGCUCGAAGUCCAGUUCCUGACAGAUGAAUGUGACACCGUCUUGGCUUAUGAAAAUAAAGGUACCAGUGACCAAGAAACCGAGAGGAGAGAUCCUUUAAUGGACACCCUUAACAGCAUGAACCGAGUCCAGCAAGUAGAACUCAUCUGUGAGUACAACGACUUAAAGACAGAACUGACUGACUAUCUCAGGAGAUUUGCAGAUGAGGGAACGGUGGUUAAAAGAGAAGACAUUCAGCACUUCUUUGAAGAGUUCCAGUCGCGGAAAAGACGGCGGACUAACAGGAUGCAGUACUACUGUAGCUAGACUGAGG